AUGCCCCAAGAUCCAGACUAUUGGAGGAAUGUGUUGAUCGUCGUACCUAUUGUGUGUACUGCGUUCGCCGCAGCGGUUUUUGCACUUCGGAUUUACUCUCGCCUACGAGUAAUCCACGGGUUACGAAUCGAGGAUGUGCUGAUGGGAGCUGGCCUCUUGUGUACCUGUGGUGUCGCUGCAUGCAUUGUAUAUUCUGGUUUCCGUGGGAUCGGGGCUGGUGUCAGUAUCUGGGAAUUCCCGGCCGAUCAACGCAAGCAGAUAACUCUGGUAAGUGUUGAGCAAUGUGUGGUUAAGAAGACCGAAUAA